AUGGUCAACCUUCUCGAAGCUUUCCGACCCACACUCAUCCCUGGUGCACCUGUCCCUCCGAAGGAGGUUGUCAAUUAUCGCAUCGUUCUCCUGGGUCUCUUCGGUGCAUUCUGUGCUAUUCUCUUCGGAUACGACCUCGGGUUCAUAGGUGGUAUCGUGGUCCUGCCAUCGUUCAACAAAGACUUCAAUCUGGCCGACGCGUCCGCAGCUACGAAGACAGCAGUUCAAUCCAACGUCGUCUCUGUUUUCCAAGCAGGAGCAGUGUUCGGUGCCCUGUUCAGCUCAUGGGCAGCCAAUGUCAUUGGACGUCGACUUUCUCUCCUGGCCAAUCUUGUGCUCUAUCUCGUUGGAGCGGCCUUCAUGACUGGAGCGUCGGGUCAUGCAGGUGUCGCGUUGCUCUAUCUCGGUCGUGUCCUCACUGGCUGGGGAGUCGGAGCGAGUACGAUGCUCGUUCCGGUGUAUGUGGCGGAAUCAGCUCCAGCUCAUGUGAGAGGCAGACUUGUUGGUCUAUACGAAGUUGGCGUUCAAUUCGGUACAAUGGUCGGUUUCUGGAUUCCAUAUGGUGUCCUUACUACCCAGAAAGGGACCAUUCAAUGGAGAUUGCCGUUUGGCCUCCAACUUCUGAUUGCCGCUGGUGCCUUUGUGUGGCUCCUGUUCCUCUCUGAAACGCCACGUUACGUCGCGUCUCGAGAUGGUGAAGCCAAGGCCCUUGCUGCCCUCGCCAAACUUCGAGGGCUUCCCGAGGACAACGACUACGUACAGCACGAGCUGAUCGGAAUCAUGGAACAAGUUCAAAUGGAGGCCCUCGCUCGAUCAAACUACGGCAGUUUCAGUAUCGUGAAAGAAUCCUUCGGGAGACACAACAUUCGACCUCUCUACACGGGAGUACUUAUCAUGAUCUUCUUCCAGAUGGCUGGAACAAAUGCCGUCAACUACUACUCUCCACGCAUUUUUGCAUCUCUAGGACUCUCUGCGACAUCAUCCAAGCUCUUUGCAACUGGAGUUUACGGUGUCAUUCGAUUCGUGGCGACUACAAUUACGAUGUUGACUUUGACCGACCGAUUCGGCCGAAAAUCGAUGAUUAUCGCCGGUGGCUCCAUGAUGGCCUUGUGCAUGUGGAUCGUGGGAGCUCUGACCAAGGCAUACCCACCCGUUGCUGGUCACGGAAUGAACGGCGGUCAACUUGGAGCGAUUAUUCUCAUUUAUAUCUGGGCUGUGGCGUUUUGUGUCUCGUACGCCGGAAUUCCUUGGAUUUACGUCUCCGAGAUCUUCCCUCUGCGCAUCAGAGGUUUCUGUGUCGCCAUCUGUACAGCUACACACUGGAGCUUCAACCUGAUGUUGGCCAAGACGACCCCGUACAUGCUUGAAAAUCUUGAUGGAUAUGGCAUUUACUUUGUGUUCGCUGCUUGCACAACCAUCGGUGCGAUUUGGCAAUUCUUCUGCAUGCCCGAGACCAAAGGAAAGACGUUGGAGGAGAUCACCGAAUCAUUUGGCGGCGCUCCUGUCCCACGCGAACAAUGGCAUCGAGAUGAGGAGAAGGAGGAGAAGACUCAGAUUGAAAUGGCCGACUCGUCUCAAAUGGCAUAA